UACCAAUCUAAACACAUUACCAACAGUCGGCACAAUCUCCGAACGUUUAUUACGGCCCCGUCCUAAACAACAACCAAACUUGUCUAAUUACAAUGUGCUUUAUAACGUAAACUCAUUAACUUUUAUCGACUUUAAAUUUUAUACGUCUUCGUGGUUAUGGGGAGUAAAUAUUGUAGGAUAAGCGAGGAUUUUUCUAAAUGGGUCACUGUUGACUCAUUUGAGUUCUGAAAUGUUUACCAAAGCGGUGUUUCUAGUUUUAAUAACAUCACAAUGCGUUUUAUCAGCGAGUCAGCUAGUUAUCGGAGGAUUGUUUUACGAGGACGAAGCGGAAGACCUGGCUGUGGCACUAGAGCUAAGUGCAGAGCUGUACAACUUCACUACUUCUGUGAAACAAGUUUCUAGAAGAGGGCAAAUACUUGAAAUAAGUGAACACGUGUGCGCUCUUGCUAAAGAAGAAGUUAUAGGCAUUAUAGAUGGCACUGGAGGAAGAGCUAGCGAACAUGUACAGGCAUUGUGCGAUAUCCUCGAGCUACCACAUAUUAUUAUUGAACCCAACGAUUUCUACUCUAAGAAUUGGACUUUAUUGAGCCUUUUUCCCAGCCCUGAUGCUUUUAAUAAUGCACUCGCUGAAUUAAUAGAUAUGAAAGAAUGGAACAAUUUCACAAUACUGUACGUAAAAGGGCAUAGUUUGAAACUAGUGGAGAAUCUAAUGCAGAUGGGCAAUAGUAGUGAAAGAGCAACUGUUUCUAUACGUGAACUUAGUGGAGAUGAUUACAGAGAUGUCUUAAUAGAAGCAAAGGGUCAAGGUUACUACAACUUUGUUGUAGACUGUCCAUCGAAGAAGUUAGAACAGCUACUUCUUCAUGCACAGCAAGUGGGGCUGAUGGCAGACGAACAUUCUUACAUCUUCGUCUCUCCAGAUCUCUUUACAUUGGACCUGAGUCGGUACAGAUACGGAGGCGUCAAUAUGACAGGGUUCCGUCUUGUUCACGUAGAAGAAGAUCCAAAUCUGUGGCAGUUUACAGAACAAUUCAAUGAAAAAACAGGAAAAGGGAUUGAGCCGGAGCAACUCAAGACUAAAGUCAUUUUAGUGCACGAUGCCGUCAAAGUUAUUUACGAAGCUGUAAAAAAAGUGCAUGACAUACAACCAAAAGCAUUAGAUUGUGAGAUGUAUGAAGCAUGGCCACAUGGUUCAUCUUUGCUAAAUUUUAUGAGGACGAACAAAGUCGAAGGAGUUACAAGAACCCUGUUAUUUGAUGGACAGGGGCAAAGAAACGAUGUUCUAUUUGACAUAUUGGAGCUUACACCCGCUGGAAACCAAACCAUAGGCGUUUGGGACGGUAACGUUUUGAUUAUAAACAGACCGUUUGUGCCAGCACCUGACAUUUCUGAAGAUUCAAUAAUGAGGAAUAAAACUUUUAAAGUUUUGAUUGCUUUGACACCGCCAUACGCCUACAUAAAAGAGUCGUCAGAAUAUCUAACGGGAAACGAUCAGUACGAAGGCUUCGCAAUAGAUCUUAUUGAUGAGUUAUCCAAAAGACUGGGCUUUAACUAUGAGUUUGAAGUUGAGCCAACAUACGGUAAUUUAGACAGCAGUGGCAAGUGGACCGGUAUGGUUGCAAAAAUCAGAGAAGAUAAAGCAGAAUUCGCAAUUUGUGAUUUAACUAUAACAGCAGAGAGACAAAAAGGCAUGGACUUCUCUACUCCAUUUAUGACGUUAGGCAUUGGUAUACUCUACAAGGAGCCGAGUAAACAGCCACCAGAAAUGUUUUCCUUUAUGGCUGUGUUCGCAAAAGAUGUUUGGUAUUACAUGAUGUUCGUGCAGAUGGGCAUAGCGGUAAUUAUGAUAUUUGUUGGUCGAAUAUCGUACAAAGAAUGGCAGAACCCUGUACCUUGUGUUGAGUCGCCUGAGGAACUGAGUAACCAGUUCAGUUUUGCAAAUUCUGUGUGGCUCAUUAUUGGGUCUGUUAUGCAGCAAGGAUCAGAGAUUGCACCCAUUGCUCUUGCCCCUCGUAUGAUCACUAGUGUGUGGUGGUUCUUUACUAUGGUAAUGGUGGCUUCUUAUGUUGGUACCCUGGUGGCUUUCCUCACUGUUGAGAAGAACGUCCUCCCCUUUAACACGGUUGAGGAACUCGCGGCACAAAAAUCAAUAUAUUAUGGCGCUAAGAGCAAAGGGUCUACCAUAUCAUUCUUUAAGGAAUCGAAUAAUGAAGUUUAUAAGAAAAUGUAUCAGAAAAUGCUGAACAAUAAAGGUUGGUUGGUGGACUCUAAUGACGAAGGAGUUGCAAUUGCUGAAAAUUCAACUUACGCUUUCUUUACGGAAUCAACGUCCAUAGAGUAUUACAAGGAAAGGCAUUGCGACUUGCUACAAAUUGGAGACUUGCUGGAUUCCAAGAGUUAUGGGAUCGGUAUGAAAACGAAUUCAUCGUAUAAGAAAUAUAUUGAUGAUGCGCUGCUACAAUUGAAGGAAUCAGGAGAAAUACAAAGAUUGAAGGAUUUGUGGUGGAAGGAGAAACGAGGAGGGGGGAAAUGUGGGGAACAAAAAGAGGAAGAAGCGAAACAACUGGGCAUGAAGAACAUGUUAGGAGCAUUCGUGGUGCUAGGAGUGGGCUGUGUGAUAGGACUGGGUAUAUCUAUCCUGGACAUGUUUUGGGGCGUCUUCAAACGUUCUGUCAAGUAUAAAACAACAUUUAAGUACGAGUUGGUAGAAGAAUUAAAGUUCGCGCUAAAGUUUAGCGGAGACGUGAAGCCAGUGAAACGACCGCCGAAGACUGCAGACGGUAGCGAAGAGGCCUUGAACGAAGAAGCGAAGGAUGAACUGGGGUCUCUAAAAUCAGCAAGAACGAUACACUCUGGGCGCUCCACUUCUACAAAAAGAAGUUCUCACUCCCAUUGCUCCCGUCAUUCGCCUAGCGACCUAAGUGUGGCCUUUGCUAAAAGGCGACAGUACAAUUCUUCAUCAUCUUCCUAACGUUAUGUAAAAAACCUGAAGAUUUCACAGGUCCAGUUUAUACAGAAGCGACUGCCUGUCUGACCUUCCUGAGAACCAGCCCAAUUACAGGCUAGGACUUAGGUCACAUACCUCCAAAGUAUGUGGGUGUAGACAUUACAAUUAAAGGUUAAAGGACAUUUUAAAUAAAAUAAUGUGAUGUGAAUAAUGGGAGACCACUAGAAGGGAGUGAUAAUUUUCUUUUUUUUGCGGACAAUAGUAAUUAAAUUGAUUUGUUAUGUUAUGAGAAAGUGUCAAAUGUUUUUUUUACUAAAUUUUGAUAUUAACUAUUUAUUACCAAUUUUCUAAUUCAGUCUUGCAUAGUGUCUAGUCAAAUAAAGAUUUUAGCGCCUAGAAUAUUAGGUACCUACUCGUUAUAUUUAUUUUUAAUAGAUUUAAUAAAACUGUUAAUUAGUUGACAUACAA